UUCAUCCAUAAAAAAUGACCUCAUCAAUGUUUCCAUUCGGUGUGCUUUUUGAAGCUGAUGAGUUUAAUAGCAAAUUGACAAAGCCAAUAAUUGAAAACAGGCAAGUCACCAAAAAGAAAUAUCAAGUCAAAUUGGUGUGGAGAAAUAUCAUAGGUCUAAUCUUUAUACACGCUUGCGCUUUGUACGGCCUUUAUUUGGCCUUCACAUCAGCGAAAAUGGCAACUAAUCUGUUUGCAAUCUUCCUCUUCGAAAUCACCGCAAUAGGAAUCACCGCUGGAGUGCAUAGGCUAUGGUCUCACCGAUCUUACAAAGCGAAAUGGCCUCUGAAACUAAUAUUAGUGUUCCUUAACAAUAUGGCUUUUCAGGGUCACAUUAUACUUUGGGCAAGAGAUCACAGAACACAUCACAAGUACAGCGACACAGACGCCGACCCACAUAACGCUAAUAGAGGAUUCUUUUUUGCACACAUCGGCUGGCUGUGCGUCCGCAAACACCCUGACGUGAUAGAAAAAGGAAAAGGCAUCGAUAUGAGUGAUUUGUAUGCCGAUCCCAUCCUUAGAUUCCAAAAAAUGUGCUACUACGAAGUAUUGAUGCCUCUUUGCUGCUACGUUCUGCCAACUGUGGUAGCAGUUUACGGUUGGAACGAAGGUUGGCCAAAUGCAUUCUUCAUUGCAGGCUUCUUACGCCAUGUGUGCAUGCUCCACAACACCUUCCUUGUAAACUCUGCUGCCCAUCUUUAUGGAUACAAGCCCUACGACAAGAAUAUCCUUCCGGUACAGAAUUUUACUGUCGCAAUAAUGGCAGUUGGGGAAGGAUGGCAUAACUAUCAUCAUACCUUUCCCUGGGACUACAAAGCAUCCGAAUUAAAAAAUUAUAGGGCCAAUUUCACAAACGCCUUCAUUGACUUUUUCGCUUGGAUAGGCUGGGCAUACGAUUUGAAAACUGUCUCACCAGAUAUUAUCAAGAAUCGAGUCCAAAGAACUGGUGACGGAAGCCACGAGCUUUGGGGCUGGGGUGAUAAAGAUAUAAGGAAAGAAGAUGAAGAUGCGACUAUUACAACUUGA